AACAAUUUAAGUAUUAAUGAGAAGUCAAUGCUUGACUGAGAACUUUCUUGUCUUCAUUUCCCUAACAAUUGUGCGAUAUUGUCUGGAGGGUAAAUUGUUCUUCAAGACUGUCAAAACAUGCAGAGGCCGUUUGUGCGUUCACACCUCCAUCGUAAAAACACAGCGAGGAUGUUUGAAAAAUUUUUGUAGAAUUAGGUCUUUUUUGGAACAGACAUUUCUCUGUCAUGUAGUGCUAUAUGAAUUUGCGCCAAAGUGAUUCACUUCUUUGUCAUUCAAUUGUUCGGAAAGAGGUUUUUACUGAGAAGGACUCCACGUGUGUGACUGUCUCUGAAAGCAGAUUAAUGACAUGACUAUUUUUGGUGCUUAGCUUUCCCCAAUUGCUAAAAAGAUUUCUUGACGAGCUAGACGAGCGUACUUCCGGUGGAAUCAAGCCAGGAUCUUUUCUGCUAUAGUGGAGUUCACGAUGACCGAGAUCAUAGACCUAGAAGACACAUCACAAGACCUGGACUACGACAGCCUAUACAGCAAAGACAGUAACAAUAAUCGAACAGAUGUGGAAUCGCCAAACGACUCUGGGUUGGAUGUGUAAGUAGAGUCUCAUGCUACUAGACGAUUCUUUACUAAUCUGACCGAGUAAUUCUGUGGAACUUUGAUAGGGUUAAAGGGAAACUCUGGCGUCCGCCUCGAAAGCAUAUUUUUGUUUCGUUGCUGAUUAAAGUUGUAUAAACACCUCAUGCUUUUAGACGAUUCUUUACUAAUCUGACCGAGUAAUACUGAGGAAUUUUUAGAGGGUUAAAGGGGAAACAGCGGUGUCCACUUCGAAAGCAGAUUUUUAUUUCGUUACUGAUGAAAGGUGUAGAAACACGGUCAAAAGUUAUUUCAGUGAUCUUCAACAAGAGCACGUAGUACAUAUUAGUGGCUGCGUGUACUUUAGCCUUAAAAUACUCUGCUCCUAUCGCUACAGCUACAAUAACAGAAUAAAACGCUCUAUCUACAUUUCUGGUCGGAUCCGUGAGAUUUUGUGAAGUGAUAAGAGACUUAAAAGAUUAAGAAAGAAUAUCAGGUACUAAAACGGAAAGGUAUAGAGUAAAUGAACAGAAGCGUAUGAUGUGAUUAGCUUUAUUGUAAACAAGGCUAAAAUCAAUGCAGCUAAUUAGCGUAAACUCUUCAUAGAUGCUCUCAAGGGAGGCACUCCUUUAGCGUUAGAAGUGAAAUUUCACUGUUCCAAGACAAUUGGCGGAGGAUCUCAACCGUUAGCCGUAAACGGCCAAAAAAUUAGCUCUUUGGCGUAAAAAUUGAGAAAUUUAAAAUCCUUAGUUGUAAAAAAAAUUAACAGUAAAAAUUUUCUGGUGACCACAAUUAGAAGAUAUUAACCGUAAGCCGUGAAUAGGCCACAAUUUUAACAGUUAGCCAUAAAAGCCAUUACCUAUUUGGUGUUACUCAACCGUAACAUCUUUUUUUCGAGUCUCUCAUUCUCUAAUCAUAAAGAAUUUAUUGUCUUUUCUUUCUCCUUACAAUCUGAUUCAACAUCCAGUGUAGGAAAGGUUUGUAAGGAGUAUAUUUUUAACAAGUAACUCUUCUAAAUCCCAGAAGCAACAAGUGGACAACAUAGGAGAUGUUUUGUUUUUGGCAUAUUGCAAACCGAUUCGUUUAAAGCACUUGUCCGGUGUAAACAACUGGAUGAACAGUCUCAGUGACUCAGCUUGUGUCUGACCUUGACUGAAAAUAGUUAGUUACCUUGAAACUUUCUAAAUUUUUAUGUGGUGUAUUUCGUUUUCAGCAAACAGCCACGUCUAAUUACAAUCAAGUCUUACACUGAAAUAUGUAUUGAGGCUGGAGAGUAAGUGAAAAUCUAUCUCAUGAUUUCAAUCAUAACGCCAUUUGCUUGUCUUCUUUUUGGUUUGUUAGUUUGUUUCUUAGUCUCUGUUUUCUCAGCCGGCCUUUAGUUUCAAAGCCAUCUUAGUUUAAGAGCCUUCCCGCAAAGCUGAAAGAAUUUUGAGGUCUUUACCUAUAUUACAAUCAACAGCGCUUUAAAAAGUUGGCAUAUGCAUCGUCCCAUACAUCUCCGGAUUGAGAAUAAUUCAAUUAGAGAUGAGAUUAUCCCGUCUCUCUUAAAUCGUCAAAGGAUUGUAAAAACAAAUUCUAUCGAAAACUAAAAGCUAUGCAAACCCAGGCCCACUAAAAAAGGUUGAGGUCACAUCAACGCCACUUUGAAAGGUAUACACCACUUAAAAAGAAUGUUUUUGUUACUUCUAAUCAGAACCACAGAAGAAUCCUCUCCGAGAAUCAAACCAAAGUUUAAAACAGACACAAAGUUCAAAGACUCCGAAAGAAGCAGUAGACUCGGAGAAGUAACCCCAGACCCAAAACGAAAGUUCUCUAAACCCAAAGCGAAAUUUCCCAAAAGCACAGAUAAGGUGAACGUAUGGAGCAAACAAGAAAAAGCGAAAGCGAAGGAAAGAAAGCGAGCACCAUGUUGGUUGGUAGUUUUUGUGUUCUGUUGCGGUGUCAGCAAAGAGCACCAGUGGUACAGCCUUCUGGGCAAAGGUGAGCGUGUUUUAUUUUUUAACCACGAAGAGUGCGGAAGUGACUUUCUUUUAAUCUUUCCCUACAGCAACACCCUCGAAUCAAAUAUAAGGGUCAAGACCCUGUAAUGAGAAAAAAAAAUGAGUGAUCAUAAAUUAAGGAAGCUCCUGAUUGUCAAAUCAAAUUCUCCUCGGCAGUAUAUCGGAGGAAGUGUAAAGAGAGCAUUGUGACUGUAAAGAAUAUAAAUACCAAAGACAGAGUGUUAAAAGUUCAUUUCUCACAAGUCUGAUUGUUUCUGUGUCAUGACGAGAAAGGAAAGGGGUGAUUCGAUUUCUAUCUCUUUGUUAAGGCGUUUUCCUGCUCUCCCUCGUUGCGAAUGUAUUUGCAUCUUUAACCCUUUCACCCCUGAGAGUGAUUAGCAUCUAAUUUCUCCCUACAAUAUCACCCCUGAAUCACACACUAAGGUCAUGAGAAUGAAGGAAAUGAUUACCAACAAAAGAAACUUUUGAUCAUUGAACAAAAUCUCCUUGUCAGCACCCUAGGAAAUGUAUAAAGAACAGUAUGGAGAAUAUGCAUAAUGACAUUGGAGUGUGAAGGGUGAAUUCGCCGACUCAUGUGUUCUCCUAUCAUAUUUAUGGAAUUUUGUUUUGAAGCAAUUUCUCCGUCUUCAUGGUUAUUGUACACAUUUUACUUUCAGGCGAAAAGAUUAAGAAUCUAAAGCUUUUAGCGCCAGAAAAUGGGACAGUAAUUCAGCUGCAAAGCCUGAAAACGUUUUUCAAUCUGCUUUCGUUCUCAACUUGUCAAUUCAGAGUUUGUGGACCCUGCCUUUGGUUCUAUCGGUGCGGGGAGUUGGGAAAUACAUUUGGAAGAUAAGCCGUACUGCCAGCUCAGUGUUACAAUAGGGUUAAUGUGUUUUUUUUUUAGCAACUGAUUUUUUUUUUCCUCGUGCAGGUGCUUUCUUGACGUUCUUUAUGGCCAUCGUGUACCUAGUAGCAAGUUUAACUAUUCUUCCUUUCCUGAUCAUCGCGGCUGUAGUUGCGACAGUUUUCUUCAGUGCCGGUAUUCUGUCAUACCUCGCUCUUUCUACCAAGAAAGUUGGCGUCUCUUUUGACGAUGAUGGCGACGGGUCAUGUCUUGGCGCGGUUUGGGGGUCCUGGGUUUAGUUGUCCAUGUGUAUUGAGGAUAGUCCAGACCUCAGUUUAGCCUCAUUUUGAAAGCGAGGAUACUCUCGAUUCCGAGGUGAUGACGCACUAUUGAAGUACCGUCAGAGAAAAGUCGGUUUACAAACAGAUUCCGCUCACAAUUUGGUUGUCGAUUAUUGAACCAUUUAACUGCUCUCCAUUAUAUCAUGAGUCCGUUAUCCUUGCAAAGGCGAUUACAAAAUUCGCAUGCCGCAUGAGUAAGGAGAUUUUCGGAAACUUGUCAUCAUCACGUACAAUUAAGGAAUUUGACUUACUGUCCUUCCAGGAUAAACUCGGUUGAAAACCGUGGACGCAGACAAUACGGAGGAGCAUUGAGAAUCGUCACGAAAAAUAUCAAAAAGUGAGGGGCGAUAAUAUUGCAUUCAUGAUCAGAAAGGCAGAUCUUUACGGACAAUUGUCUAGGAGUAUGGCCUGAGAUCAGUCAAAUACAUAACAAGAGAUCAGGAACGUCAAAUACAAUUUGGACAUUUAAUGAUUGGCUACGAUAAUUUGUU